CUGCCGCCGGCGCCCCGCCCGCCUUGCGCCGGGGUCGCCUCAGGUGAGGUACCCGUGCCUCCUGCAGCGAAAGUUUUCCCAGGUUCGCGGCGCCUUCCGGCUUCUGCUCCAGGGUUGUCUCCCGGCGUUGCGGAACCUAAAUCGCCCUACUAUCAGGUUGAGAAACAUCAGAAAAGAAGGGCGAUCCACUCCGGAGAACCCGGAAGCGAGGCCGGAGCGCAGCAUAUAUGUUUGUUACCUGGAAAGCCGUCGGAGUUUGAAGUAACUUUUCUCUCUGGCCUCCAGCCUUCAGGGAAUUAGAAAGUGGGGAAGCCUGUUGUAGGGUCAGGACUAGAAGAUGAACAAACCUAUAACACCAUCAACAUAUGUGCGCUGCCUCAAUGUUGGCCUAAUUAGGAAGCUGUCAGAUUUUAUUGAUCCUCAAGAAGGGUGGAAGAAACUGGCUGUUGCUAUUAAAAAACCAUCUGGUGAUGAUAGAUACAACCAGUUUCACAUAAGGAGAUUUGAAGCCUUAAUUCAAACUGGAAAAAGUCCCACUUCUGAACUACUGUUUGACUGGGGUACCACAAACUGCACAGUUGGUGAUCUUGUGGAUAUUUUGAUCCAAAAUGAGUUUUUUGCUCCUGCGAGCCUUUUGCUGCCAGAUGCUGUUCCCAAACCUGUUAACACUUUACCAUCUAAAGAAACUGUAACAAUUCAGCAGGAACACCUGUCUGUCUAUGAAAAAAGUAGUACACCUGUGACACCUGUACAGAUUCUUGACCAAAACUGUAUCCCACCUGGUUCCUCAGGUCCAGAAAAUAGAAGUUUAGAAGUUAGUGAUACAUGUUUUCAUUGUUUUUCAUUUUAUGAAUUGAAGAGUGUCACAAAUAACUUUGACGAACGACCUAUUUCUCUUGGUGGCAGUAAAAUGGGAGAGGGAGGAUUUGGAGUUGUGUAUAAAGGCUAUGUGAACAACACUACUGUGGCUGUAAAGAAGCUUGCAGCAAUGGUUGAUAUUAGCACUGAAGAACUAAAACAACAGUUUGAUCAAGAAAUAAAAGUAAUGGCAAAGUGUCAGCAUGAAAACCUAGUAGAACUCCUUGGUUUUUCAAGUGAUGGUGAUGAUCUCUGCUUGGUGUACGUUUACAUGCCCAAUGGUUCCUUGCUAGACAGGCUGUCUUGCUUGGAUGAUACUCCCCCACUUUCUUGGCACAUGAGAUGCAAGAUUGCUCAGGGUGCAGCUAAUGGCAUCAGUUUUUUACAUGAAAACCAUCAUAUUCAUAGAGAUAUUAAAAGUGCAAAUAUCUUAUUAGAUAAAGACUUCACUGCCAAAAUAUCUGACUUUGGGCUUGCACGGGCUUCUGAGAAGCUUACCCAGACAGUCAUGACUAGCAGGAUUGUAGGCACGACAGCUUACAUGGCACCGGAAGCUCUGCGAGGAGAAAUAACACCCAAGUCUGACAUCUACAGCUUUGGUGUGGUUUUAUUGGAAAUAAUAACUGGACUUCCAGCUGUGGAUGAAAAACGUGAACCUCAGUUAUUACUGGAUAUUAAAGAAGAAAUUGAAGAUGAAGAAAAGACAAUUGAAGAUUAUGUGGAUGUAAAGAUGAAAGAUGCUGAUUCCACUUCAGUUGAAACUAUGUACUUUGUUGCUAGUCAGUGUCUGCAUGAAAAGAAAAAUAAGAGACCAGACAUUAAGAAGGUUCAACAGCAGCUGCAAGAGAUAACAAGUUCAUCAGAAUAGACUCAUUUUUUGGUUUUUUUUUUUUUUUGGUAUGGGGGACUGAGCUCACAACCUCAUGUUUGCCAGGCAGGCACUUAUGCCACUGAGCUAAAUCCCCAGCUCAUAAUUUUUUAUAUUCAACUGUCAAUACCAUUUUUAAAAAUACUUUUUUUCAAAGUAUUCUUUAUCUUUAACAAGGCAGCAUGGGACAAUGCAAUGGUUAUUAAAGCAUAUAUUGCAUCUCCAGCAAAUUAAAUGGAGUCAUCCUAUCAACAUUUAGGUUUUUCUUAGUGUCAACCUGGGAUUCACAUUAAUCCUAAGACAUUUCUUCAAACAUCAACAAGUACAAUUAGAAAACUUGAAUAUUAGCUGGAAGAGCAGUGUGCUGUGGGUUGAAAGGCCCUGGUCUGAAGGCCAGCUAAUGCCACUACUGCUGAAAACUUUGGGCAAACUCUUUUAAUUUCUUGAACCUUGCUUUUUUCAUCUAUAACAUUGGAUUAAUAUCCACUGUAUUUCUCAACAUUCAUGAAAAUAAAGAUGCAAAAUAUGCAAACAUUUUGUAAUUAUUAAAGUGAUGCAACAUUUAAAAGUUUAUAGACACAGUUACAAAAUCAUGUUGACACUAUUUUCAACAUUCACUAUAAACCAUACAUCCCCUGAUGAAAUGCCAGUGUGAUGUGGCCAUUGUUUUGUAUGACAUAGCAAAGUUAGAGGAAUUUUGCAGAUGCAGGUAAUGGCCCUCACCAGCUAAGUUUGAGUAUCAAAAGGCAGUGUGUGGAAUGGGCCUGGGAGGAGCAGGGCUAACCUGACAGAAAGUCAGAGUUUCCUGUGGCCUUGAAGAAGUGAAUGCCCUGUUACGAGAGGACCACAACAGCCAAAACCUACAAAAUCCUAGAGCAGAUGAGAGCCACCCUGCAGCUGGCAGUCAGCAGGAAACAAGUGUGGCCUCAGGUGUUCGCCCCAAGGACCGAGGCUGAAAUCACUGAGAAGAAUAUUGCAACUUUCUGAUAACACCACAGGACCGACAACUGCAUUGCCUUUGUACAAGAUGCUCAGGAUGAGACCUGUUUGAGCUAUGCCACGACCUGUGCCAUACUGAACUGUGAGAUAAUAAAUGUCUUACAUGAAGCAACUAAA